AAAGUGCAACUAUGAACGGGGGUUUUUCCACGUUGUCUUGGGUCUUUUAACCUUCUUGGCGUCCAGCAAAAUCCAAAGCUUGUCCGUUGAUGAGAAGCAGCGCUGGAUGUUUUGGUUGGAGAGGGGGAUCUUCGGAUAGAUUAAGCUUUUUUGGAUGAAUAUGUCUGGGCCCGCCGCCAAGGCCCUUACCGGAUGAUGGCACCCCGCUCCGAAGGGUCCCUCUGUUGCUUUGCGAUGAAUCCCAUUUAUCGAUCCUUGGUUCUCUAUCUGGUCCUUUAGUUUCCGUGGGGUAAGUGACCACAGAUCCGGCCGCAUGAAUGGGCAUAGAUACCCAUCAAGACAAGCGUGGCGACGCGAUGACGAUGAAGGGCACCAACCCGGUAAUUAAGUACGACCUCGGGAGUAGGGAGCAGAAACAUGGGAAUAAAUGAAUAGAAGCAACGAGUGACAUAAGAAAGGGAGGACCUGCCGCACCCUCCUACUUUGUCUCGGAUGCUGCCGAGCCUUUCUCCAUACCUUCCAACUGUCGUGUUGUGGCAUCCAGAACCAAAACAACGAGCGAGAGGGAAACACUCACAAGAGUAAAGAUGGGCCAUAUCAUCAACACCGUCGCGAGCGUCGCGGCUUUGACCGCGCUCUUCGUCCCUGAAGUAGCUGCUCAGUCGUGCCCGGGCGUCAACAGUCGCUUCCAGCCCCGUAUGGGUUCUGGGUACCGGUUCAGCUUGCUUGCUACCGGGCUCCGCCAGCCCAGACACAUAACCAUCGAUAGCGCCGGUAACCUCCUUGUCGCUGAGGGUGGUUCUCAGUCAGUCAGACGCUUGGUCCUUCAGGAUCAGGGCAACAUCGUUUGUGUUCAGUCCAACACCCAGCUCAGCGGUACCAACACCAACCAUGGUAUUGCUCUUUCUGCUGAUGGCAGGACACUCUUCACGUCCAACUUGGCCUCGGUGAACGCCUACUCCUAUGACCCGGCCACAGGACAGGUUGGCUCCGGACGCCAGAUUGUAAACGGAAUGUCCAACACGGGCACUCACCCGACCAGAGCCAUUGCUACCUCCAAGUGGUCCCCAGACACCAUUCUCGUGGCGCGUGGUUCUCAAAACAACAUUGAUACCACGACCACUCAGACUUCCUCUGGUCGUUCGAUGAUCAAGACCUUCUCCAUCUCGGCUGGCACGCAGUCAACCAUCAACUACAACACGGGCGGCGAGGUCCUUGGCUGGGGUCUCCGCAAUAUCGUCGGCUUGACCGAGGACCCUGCCUACGGCGGCAUCUGGUCUGUCGAGAACCAGAUGGACGACCUGCGACUCAACGGUCGUGACAUCCACAACAACAACCCAGCUGAGCGCCUCAGCUACCACGGCGUUCUCAACGCCACCACCAACCGAUACAAGGGUCUCAACUACGGGUACCCCUCUUGCGUCCCGGCAUGGGACCCCCAAAACGUCGGCAUCAACGGUCUGGUGGUGGGCUCCCUCUUCAAGCCCGACUCUGUCCCCAACGCCAACGACUGUGCCAACCGCAUGACAGGCCGUCUCCAUUUCCACGCUCACACUGCUCCUCUUGAUGUCAAGUUCACCGCGAACGGAACUGCCGCAUACAUUGCGUUCCACGGCAGCUGGAACCGCAACCCUGCUGAUGGGUACCGUGUCAUGAGGGUGGACUUCCGGAACGGCGAUCCAGUGGCCGACGUCAGCUCGACGACGGCGCAGAUUCCGGUCAUGGAGAACAGCAAUGUCGGCGGCUGCCCCAACAACUGCUUCCGUCCGGUCGGUCUGACGUUUGAUGCCAAGGGUCGCUUGUAUGUGUCGAGCGACACGACCGGUGAGAUUUAUGUCAUCUAUGGCGCUUGAGCAGGGUGAGAUGGCUCAGUCUGUCGUUUCUGUGUAUCUACCUGGUAUUGAGUGCGGCCGAGUUAGACAACGAGGAUCAGGUUGUGUCACCUACAUGUCGUUACAGUGAUCGAUGCGAAUGUGGUUAGAAUGCAGAGAACCAUGGAAGGGAACAUGUCAAAAGGCUGGGCGCAGCAUGUCAAAUAAAGCCAAGCCCAGGUGCCAAACAAGAGCGAGAAAAAGAAAAGAGAUUGGCGGAAAUGGAGCAAGUGCAACUACCGAAGCUAGCAAUUGAGCCAGAUAAGGGCACGCAAGCGACCAAACCUCUCAUUCUUUUCCGUCAGGCAAAUCAAUUGCCAGUCAAGUC